ACUCCGCGUCUCCCACAGUCACUAGCAAAGGUGUCUGAAUGUGCGGAGUGGAACAUUUUGGAAAAAUUUUUCAUGUGAUUUUUAUGUGACGUAGAAUGUUGACGUUUUUGUGAAAAGGUAGAAUCAGCAAUAUCAGAAAAUCUCUGGUUGUUAACUAGUUGUGAUAUUUAAUCUUUGACUUCCGGUGAUAUACGAAAAGUGAAGACGAGUGAUGAUCCUCAUUAGGAGAAGCUGGAGAGAUCGCUUCAAGUAAACAAAGAAAGGAGGAGGAAGAAGAAGAAGAGAGAAAAGCAAAGCGCAAAUGAGACCGGCAUGAAGCUCGUCCUGCUGCUUUUAGUUGCUGGAACGACGAAGGGGUGAGUCUAACCCUCUAACUCUCUGGCGGAGAGAAGCUAGACUUACUUCGAGCGCGCGCGCGAAAAACAGAGGAGCAUCGCUCCCCCGCGGAAUCUGGAGGGACCAAAGAACGCGACACCAGGAUGCGAGAGGAGGAGAACUCCUGCGGGAACUGCGGGUAUUACUUCAAGAACAUCGUCAAGUUCCUCAUCAGCCACAUCGGCCUAGUGUCGCUCGUCAUUGGCUACACCAUCAUCGGCGCCUUCACCUUCGAGAGGCUGGAGUCCGACCAUGAGAUCAAGGUGAAGCAGAACAUGUCCAACGUGAGGAAAGAUGUCACGGACGACCUCUGGGGCAUCACGGACCACAUGGAGGUCCUGAACGAGAGCAUCUGGGCCGCCGAGGUCCGCCAGAGGCUGAAGGACUUCGAGAAGUCCCUCAUCAAGGCCAUUAAGACGGACGGAUGGGACGGCUCCGAAGACACGACGAAGCAGCAGUGGACGUUCGCCGGGGCGCUCUUCUACUCGAUCAUUCUCAUCACGACGAUCGGGUACGGCCACAUAGCGCCCAAAACGGACUGGGGCAAAGUGAUCACCAUCAUCUACGCCAUCCCGGGCGUCCCGCUCAUGAUGCUGUGCCUGGCGAACAUCGGCGACGGCAUGGCCCACUCCUUCAGGUUCCUCUACUGGAAGGUCUGCUGCUACGCCUGCACCAAGAGGCCCAAGAAGAAGAGGAGGGUCCGGCACAUGAGGGGCAGUACUAGGAGAUACCCAUCCCAGCAGGGCUCGGGCCGGAUACGUUCGUCCUCCUUCAGGAGAUCAAACCGAGCGUCGGAGAAGUCGGCCGACUCUCACCUGAGCGAUUCGGCUUUCUAUACGUCCUCCUAUUCGGAACCUGAGUAUAAGAUGUACGACGACAUGGUCGACGCGGACAUGCGAGGCCUGCAGAGGAAUCGUCCUUCUGACCGCAGCCACCACACCAGGUCGUCCCAGAAUUCCAAGGGGUCAGAUCACCUUACGCCGCCCCCAAAGGAGGGCUUGCAGGAUGAUGGUCGGGUUGCCGUACUCUUCAACAAGUACGCCCUUGAAACAGAAGGUUUACCGGCUGAUAAUGGCCACAUGGUGACCGAGACCAACAGGGACGUGGAAGGCAGACCGGAACGAGAGAGCAAAAGAAGUAAAAGGGAUGAGGAUGCUGACCUUCCAGUCAUCCACCAGCCCAGAGGUCCAAGAACUGUUUCUGGUGGAGGCUACCUGGACUCCCCCCAGAUGUCCCGAUCUCCUCGUUCCUCUGAAAGAUAUUCCCGCCAUUUACCUCCGCCCGCUGAUCCAAGGAGUCGUCUAUCCCGUUUAGAUGAAGAGUACUACGACGACUAUGAGGACGAGUACGACGACGAAGAGGAGGAGGACUUCGUAGGGGACAAGCCCGUGCCCAUCUGGCUUGGCGUCAUGUUGGUCGUGGCUUAUAUCCUGGGCGGUGCUGCGCUCUUCUCCGGGUGGGAGGGGUGGAGCUUCCUCGACAGCAUUUACUUCUGCUUCAUCACUCUUACUACGAUAGGCUUUGGUGAUUUCGUCCCGUCACAGAACAUCAAUGAGGACGUCGAGCUCAGCAUUGCCUUGUGUUCCAUAUACCUGCUGUUUGGCAUAGCGCUGCUGGCCAUGAGCUUCAAUCUGGUCCAAGAGGAGGUUAUAAGCAACAUCAAAACUAUGGCCAGGAGACUUGGCAUUCUGAAGGAAGACGAAGAUGAAGAUGAUUGAUGAAUGUCUCGUAAAAGAAAUUGAACAGAUGACGAAUAUACAAAAGAAGUCGUGCCAAAGUAUUCUUUGAUGAAUGUAGAAAUAGAUGUAUAUAAUGAAGGUAUUCUAAAGUAAGAAUGCCACGUACUGAAGUACUAAAAGAAGGAAUCAGAUAUAAAAGUGGCACAGUUGAAGGUUAAGGCUUCAAAGAAGGACUGUAGCUAUGAUUCUGAAACUGGCGUUUUGUAUGAAUCCCUCUGUAAUUUAAUUCCAGUGAGCUAUAAUGUCUCUUGCAAUGCUUUAAAAAAACGUAAGGGGGGAUUAAAUUUUAUAACUUGGAACAUUCCUUUUCAAAGAGGUUUUGGUAUUAUUCUGAGAGAUUAAUUAUGUAUAAGAAAACUUCAUGCAAUAAACAACAGACUUUAAUGAAUCGAAGAAAUGGUGACCUAUUGAGGACGGUUAUCGAUGUGCUCAGAGUUGGCAAGUGCUAAAAUGCUUCCAUAUUUGAUUGAUAUACAGACAUAAACUUACAUUUCGUCAGUUGCAAUUUACAAUUGAAGGAGAAAGUAUUGAAACAUGAAGGAGACAGCUAAUUGGACUAGUGCCAUAUCUGUUAUUAUUAUUAUUAUUAUUAUUAUUAUUAUUAUUAUUAUUAUUAUUAUUAUGAUUAUUAUUAUUAUUAUUAUUAUUAUUAUUAUUAUUAUUAUUAUUAUUAUUAUUAUUUCAGUAGAUGAAACCUAUUCACACGGAACAAGUACACCAAAGGGGCCAUUGACUUGAUAUUCAAGCUUCCAAAGAAUGUUGGUUUCAACCUCCCACUGCAGACCCCACACUGCAGCGGUAACCGAUCAUGAUUUUUCAUUGCCCUGGGGGAGAUGCGAACCCGCAACAUCUGAGUGACAUACCAUGACACUGACCACUAUAGUGGCUGGUGAUUUGCUAAUAAAUUAUGAAAGGAGAGUUCAAGACCAAUCAUCGUCACCCUCAGUUAUUAUUGUUCAGAGCUUAGAUGCUAAGUACAUUUGCUCAGACCUCAGUGAUUUUAAGGCACCUCGCAAAGCCGUAGGCCAUAGUCCCUUAUUUUCCUUUGAACUAAGUGGGACCAACCUGUUUGGGAGCUCUGGCACCAAAAAUAACAUAGAGAUAAGAUUUAUAUCUCAAUUUAUAACAAAGCUGUUGUUUAUCUGUUGAAACAGAUGACUUAGGAUCUUCUGAAGAUGCUAGAUAUUUUUUAAUGCGUACAGAUUUUCUACAAAAACAGACCACAGGUUUUGCAAGUUCUAAAGGUCCUGUUCUAGUUGCAAGUACGGUACAAGGAAUCAACGAUAAAAUUUAUAUCUGGUUCCCGAGAAUUAGUCAUAAAGAAGUCUCAGUUAAACACAGUGAGGUAAACAAUAACAGGAGUGAACUGAGGUAAAUGGUAAAAAAAGUGACAGGCCACUAGUAGCUCCUCAGUGGCGUGAUUGGUAUGGUCUUGGUCUGCUACCUCGGUGGCCGCGAGUUCGAUUCCCGGGCAUUCCAUUGAGGGGUGAGAGAUGUGUAUUUCGGGUGAUAGAAGUUCACUCUCGACGUGGUUUGGAAGUCAAGUAAAGCCGUUGGUCCCGUUGCUGAAUAACCACUGGUUCCAUGCAACGUAAAAACACCAUACAAACAAACAAACAAAACAGGCCACUAGUGGAAGACUAAGCCAACACUAAUAUCCCAGUGGUCAAGUUCUAAGCUCACCCAAAGUAACAUCAGGUUAGGAACCAGAAUGGAAGCUGAUGUUGGUGGUGUCUUUUUGAGAAGAAAAUUGGAAGGGCUGGUGAACCAGAAAAUAUCACAGCAGACGAACGAAGUCAAGUUUUGUUGGGAAGAUGUUAUUCCUCUGAUAUCCUUCAAAAAAAAAAAAAAAAAGAGACCUUGAGUGUUCACAGGGCUUACGAGAAGGAUUCGUUCUCGUAUGAAAUCUGAAAAUCGGAUCUCUGUAAAACUAAAGAAUCUGGACAAUCAGGUAGGAAGAGACCAAAGGGAAUGGGUCACAAACUUUUUAUAAAGCUUGAAAACUUACCCAUGGACAGACUUUUAAUAUUUAUCUUGAAUGCAGUACUAUGAAUCUUUACUUGCAAUUGUAUUCCAUUGUUUAAUUAUUCAGACAUGAGUUGAAUUCUUUGAUUCUUUGGUUCCAGAAAAGUGCACAGGUUCAAAUGACAGUUACUAUGGCAUUUGUUUAUCAUUGGCCGGUAAUAAGGGUUUUCUUCAGGGGCAAGAGUCCGUGCUGAGAAGGCCAGCAACGAAAUCUACGACUUCAAAGGCAAAGACGUUCCACAGCCAUCCUCGACGAAUUCUGUUUUGAAGCAUAAAUUAACAGUGAUGAAGUUGACAGAGUAAUACAAGUUGAAUACAAUAUUUUGCAUUGUAUUGUCAAUACUGUAAUGUUUUGAAUUACUCAAAACAAAAGAGGUUUCAGUUUCAGACAUAGCAGCCUUCUUCUUUGAACCCUCAUUUUAUAUCUAAAAAUCAUGUUUUUACGAGUAAACACCUGAAUGGGCCUUGGCAUAUAAGUAUGUCAAUCAAAUUCAUGCUUCCUUCUCACUUCGUGCCUCACUCAAAGUUGUUCUGAGAGACCAAUUUUAAAAGAUAGUGAGUAAGCAUCACAUUCGUAGAAAGUAAGUUAUUUGCUCGAAAAUGUAGUAAGUAUUGAGUAUCUCUCUAGAAGAGUGUAUGAUAAGGUACAUUAAAAUGAAAGAGAAUUGAAAUAGAUGUCUGUGAAGAAAGACAAAACAAACUGGGAAAUGUGCGACCAGUGAGCAGGUUUCUAGAGUUGUAAGUGUAGAUAUAGCCCUUGUGUUCCGUAUCGAUUUCAUCUUCAGUUGUCGAGUAUUUCCAGUGAGAGAACAACAUUGCAUCUUUUAAUAUUAGACACCUUACUGCUCUAGGAAGCUUUCUGUUUAAUGGGAAACAGAGACAGAUGUCAGAAAAAAAAUUAUGUGCAUGAAUUCCACUUUGUUUGUAGUUUAUUGGUGUAUGAGAGGCUUCCAAGGACAGGUUGGUUUGAUGUCAAAAGAGCUCCUUUGCAGACCUUUGAAGAUCCUGUAAUUAGUAAGGAGAUGGUAUCAUGUUAUUCUUCUUUUGAAAUGGUUUAUAGUCUCCAGGGUGGUAUUUUAAAGAGGAAAUGUUAAAUUGAACAGUUGUGCAGCUAGUUCCUCUCCUUAAUCCAUCUAUAUUCUAUAUUUUUCAUCAUACACUUAAAUCACAGCUAUCUUAUUUCUGGCUUUUUGCCUUCACCAUGCAUUUUCUCUGCCUUGUGAAUAUUACGCCACUCAGAUCAUCCACUUCCUUCAUUCAAAAUUCACCAAUGAAAAUAAAUCGGGCUUCAGCCUUGUCUUGUCCCACGUUUCGUCUCCAUCGUUCUCUCUGCUUCUUCAGUCUUUACUGUAUCCUUUUGAUUCCAGUACAAGUUUUCUAUCAGUAUACAGUGGGACCCCUGUAUCCGCAUUCUCCGUAUUCGCAACUCAUGGAUUCGCGGAUUUAUCUCUUGACCAUAUCUACCCAUUAUUCGUGGAAAAUUCGCCUAUUCGCGGCAUUUUUCUAUGAGAAUUAUCCAAAAAUUCCUGGUUGCUUUAAUCAACUUCAUCAUAAAAUGAACUUUUUGUGAUAAAACUAUUAAAAAACUAUGUAUAAAAAUUUUUAAUGGGUUUUUCUUGAGUUUUAACUAACAACAUCGUUUUUAUAGGGGUUCCAACUAUUCACGGAUUCCAACUAUUCGCGAUGGUCUGGUAUACAUCUCCUGGAAUAUGGGGCGACCACUGUAGUAUACUUACCAUUCACCCUUAUGCACUCUUGACAUUUUUCUGUUCUUUAAUCUAUUGAGAGCCCCCU